GUGAGUAAAUUAUGAUAGAAUUUAAAUUUUUGGGUGAACUAUCCCCUUUAAAGAGUUGGUUUUAAGGUUGAAUCUUCACAAGGCAAACUAUACAAUGCCAUGUUUGUAAUUUUGGUGUACUGAAUAAUAAAGUCAUUUAUUUAUUGUGGCUUACAGUAAAAAUGUUGCUUUUAUGUCCUUGUUUUUUCUGAAUAAAGUUUGUACUCCCUAUAUAUGUUGUGAGUCAUUAAGUGUGAUCAUGAGCUGCACCUACUGCAGUGGACAGUACAAUGUGAUAGGUGGAAUCCUACAUCAAUGUUCCUAUGACAACGAGGCUAUCAUUUACGUCAACACUGCAGUGGACUUUAGUUCCUACAGGUAAUCCAGAGGGAGUGACUCUUUCCCUGAACACCCAAAACGUGUGUAGACAUGGCAAAAUUCUUAUCACAAACUCAGAUUGAUGAGUUCAAAGAAUGUUUCUCGCUUUAUGACAAGAAGCGAAAGGGGAAGAUUGAAGCCAAAGACCUUAUUACAGUCAUGCGCUGUCUGGGUACAAGUCCCACAUAUAAUGAAGUGGACAGACAUCUGCAAAUCCACAAAAUAGCUAAGACAGGGGAGUUGGAUUUUUCUACAUUUCUAACCAUGAUGCACAGACAGAUGCAACAGGAAGAUCCUAAGACUGAAAUUCUGGAGGCUAUGCGCAUGACGGACAAACAUAAGAAGGGCUACAUUCUGGCUUCUGAGCUACGGGCCAAACUCACAGGCUUGGGAGAAAAGCUCACAGAUAAAGAAGUGGAUGAGCUUUUUAAAGAGGCUAAUGUCGGACCUGAUGGACUUAUUUAUUAUGAGAAGUUCACCAGAAUGGUCACACUUCCUACAAUUGACUACUAAUAAAGAAGAAAGGGUUGGACCCUUACCCUAAAUAAUGCAAAUAUUUACUAGCACGAAUGAAAUAUUUUUGUUCUGUGUAUACAUUGUAUAUAAAAUAACAAUUGAUUAAAUGCUACAAUA